AUGUUAUUAUGCUUAGCAAAUAUUGGUUCAACUAUGGCUGAUGCAUUUCGUUUUAUUUAUUGUAAUGUAUGUUGUUCAUAUUGCAAUAUGAUAAAAAAACGUCGCAAUCUUCGUGCAUUACAAUCUGUUGAAUUAUCACACAAUACAUCACCAUCACUUUCAUCAUCUCCAAUAGUGACAACAUUAGCACCAAAUAAUCUUCCAAUAGUAUCUUCAAAUAAUAUUGAAAAUAAACCAUCAACAAAUGUUGUUGAAUUUGUUGAUAAUUUUAUUAUUGAUUAUCGUAAAACAACAAUACCUAUUAGUAUUACGUUAUCAUUAUUGACAUCAUAUUUAAUACUGGGAGCUGUACUUUUUAGUGAAUGGGAAAAUUGGAAGUUUUUAGAUGGAGCUUAUUUUUGUUUUGUUACACUUGCAACAAUUGGUUUAGGUGAUUUUGUGCCAGGAAAAUCAAUAACAUCAACGCAAGUUGAAGGUAAACUUGUUAUAUGUGCUCUCUAUGUAUUAUUUGGUUUAUCAUUAAUGGCAAUGUGUUUUAAUUUAAUGCAAGAAGAAGUACGAGCUAAAUUUCGACGAUUAGGAAAUAAACUUGGAAUUAUUGAUGAUCCAAAUUUUUGGUAA